UUCUGUGUGUACGCGAUCGCGACCGCGGAGGUGCGCGCAUGCGCGUGCGCGACCUCGGGGGGGGCGUGCGGCCCCUGCCCUGAACAGCAGUGAGUGCAGGGUCCAUCCGCAUCUGGACGUGGAUCUAACUCAGUAUGCUUAUGAAUUUAACAUCACAGUCCAAUUUCCAACAGGAUCCAAGUAUCAGAUCUCAUCUAAAGCAGAAAAACAUCCGCCUGAGAAUGGUAAUAUCACAGUCGGCAGCAAUCCGCUCUGUAUCCUGGGCAAAAACCCCAGCGUCACAUCAUUACCCCCUACUUUAAUGAGAGAUGGAAAGUUUCCUGGUUCCGAGCCAUUAGCUUCUAGUCUAGAAAGCACUUUGACCAGGAAGGUCAUGAAGCCAAAUGAACGUGUUAGCAGCCGGGUAAAGUCUACCGAACUGUCAUCUCCGGCAGGAACGCAAAACAUGGACAACGGUCACCAAAAAUGGCCAGCUAAAUUGGCACCAUUAGAUCUUCCAGCGGAAAUGAAGGAGGCCCAGCUUAAAAAGCUAACGGAUAUGAAAGACGAGGUCUUCCUGGACAAAAAGAGACAUUCCCACCACCACGCGGGCUAUUCACUGAAGACCUCAGCUGACCGUCCCGUUAAGAGGGAUCCAUUAAACAAAGUUGGCCUCAGUGAGCACAAACUACCAAAACUUAAAGACGGCACUUUUCCAGCCAAAGACAAGACGGCGCUAAAAGAUUCCUCAUCAACUGUUUAUGCACUACCCGGAAAUCCACGAGACGGAGCUUCAAGUUCUUCAAUGCUUAAUAUCAAAAGUGGACAUGUCCACCAUUCACUUCCAAAAAGCAUUCUGAUGAAUACAGCGGACAGCCAAAAUGUUUCUAUCAAAGGGCGUUUUAAGUAUUCCAAGAGUCAGAAUACCAAUCAAAGCCGAUCUAUGCCUGUGAAGGCGAAUGGGCUUCCAUAGAUUGUACGGGUCAAACAUCUAGCACUGGGCACAGAAGGCAAUAAAUUGGAGAAAUAAAAAUGUUAAAUUCCAACGGCAGAAAUGUAACAGGGCAUGGAGUAUACAUUAUAGUAACAGACAGACGUCAGGGCCAUAGUAUUAGCUACUACUGUAUGUGUAAUAAGCAUUGUCUCGCUGUAAUGGUUCAUUGUGAGGACGCUGAAUCUAAUUGUUGUUUAAAUUAAGACAGAACUUCAA